AAGAGUGAACACAAACUCACCAGCCUGAAACAACAGUUUACCAGCACUCAGCCUGUGGCUGGUGUUCAUUUUCUGCCCUGGUUGUGAAGUUUUUGGUAUUAAAGCCUCCGUCAAACUUAUUAUUAUUUUGAGAUGCGAAUGUCCCGACGUGCUACAACAUGCAGGAUAGGCUGCCUACAGGCUGUCAGCAGAGGAGGAGGGCAGCAGCGCGGGGUGGCCAUAGGCCCUGAGCCCUGCUCGUUGAGUUUCUGAUCGGCUCAAUGCCGGAUUAGUUCACUGACGGAGAUGCUGCUGAGCCUGUGCCAAAUCAGGUCUCGCUGCUCCACUCGUGUAACCCCACAGCACGCAGCGAACUUGACAAACAGCCGAGAGAUGGAGGCAUUCAGUGAAAGUACUCCCUCGCGAGAAAGUAAGCAGGACCAAAACCUGGCUGAGAGUCGCCUUUCCUACAGAAACGGAGAGCACAAAGGCUUCACUUCAAAGCCUCUUUUUAACUUUGCAGAACCCAUUGUGCAAGCUUGCCAGGACAUUGCUGUUUUUACUGUAUAGGGUAUUUAUAACUGCAGUUCAAGAGACUCCUGAGGCAAAUUCCUCCCAGGAAAUGUUUCCGUUGCUCCCGGGGGGACGAGCCGAACAGUCACACACUCUGCCUGAAUCAAGAAGGGAGCACUACGUUAACCACAAGGCACCGCUUGCGCUUCACAAACCCAGUGCCGCUGCUUUCAAGGGAUGUAAACGGCUCCGAGCCAGAGAGAUAGCCUGGUCUAUCCUCAGCAGGUCCCUGGAUGCCCCGCGGCGCACCGUCCUCGGCCGCGCAGUGCUUCCCAAUGGCCGGCAGUUGACCCCGCCCACCAGGAUGACGCUGCGCGAGCAGCUGAGAGAGAAGAUCUCGGCGGCCUUCUACCGCCACGGGCUGCUGUGUGCCUCUUACCCAGUACCCAUCAUCCUCUUCACCUCAGCCAGCAUCCUCACCUGCUGCUAUCCGUUAUUGAGGCUUCCCCUGCCUGGGACGGGUCCCGUGGAGUUCACCACAGGAGUGCGAGAUUACAGCGUCCCUUCCCAUGAGCCUCAGGGAGACCUUGGAGAACGGCCCGACUGGUACCGGGGUCCUCCGGUUGCCUACAUCCAGCAGGUGUUGGUGAAGGCGGCGGUGUCUCCGUGGGACAGCAGCCUGGUGACAGUGGACGUGUUUCGGUCGCCGCUGGGCCGAGCCUUCAGCCUACUGGAGGAGAUACGCAACCACGUCCACUCUGACAGCUCUGGGGUUCGCAGUCUGGAGACUCUGUGUCUCCAGGUGACAGACCUGUUUCCGGGCUUACGGCGAAUGCAGUCGGUGUUGCCGGAGCACGGCUGCCUGCUCGUUUCUCCCGGCAACUACUGGCAGAACCAGCGGGAGCUGUUCGACUCAGACCCCGACCUCCUCAAGACCAUCCAGAAACAUGAACCCAAAGGCCUGCACACCUCGGCCACGCUGCGAGACCUGCUGUUUGGUGUCCCUGGGAAGUACACUGGGGUCAGCCACUACAACAAGAAGAAGGUGGUGACCUACACAAUGACUUUAGUGCUGUCCCGCUACGAUGCAAGGUUCCUGGGCAGCCUGCGGGCGCGUCUGAAGCAGCUCCACCCGUCAGCCAACUGCAGCCUGAGAGACGACCACAUGGUUCACGUCCACUUCAAAGAGGAGAUCGGCAUCGCUGAGCUCAUCCCCCUCGUCACCACAUACAUCAUCCUUUUCGCCUACAUCUACUUCUCCACGCGAAAGAUUGACAUGGUGAAGUCUAAGUGGGGUCUGGCUCUGGCUGCUGUGGUCACAGUCCUUAGCUCUCUGCUCAUGUCUGUGGGACUGUGUACGCUGUUUGGACUGACACCCACGCUCAAUGGAGGGGAGAUCUUUCCUUAUCUGGUGGUGGUGAUCGGCCUGGAGAACGUCUUAGUCCUCACCAAGUCCGUGGUGUCCACCCCCGUCGACCUCGAGGUCAAACUUCGCAUCGCUCAGGGCCUUAGUAAUGAGAGCUGGUCUAUCAUGAAGAACAUGGCCACUGAACUGUGCAUCAUCCUCAUUGGAUAUUUCACUCUGGUGCCAGCUAUCCAGGAGUUCUGUCUGUUUGCUGUGGUGGGGCUGGUGUCUGACUUCUUCCUGCAGAUGUUCUUCUUCACCACAGUACUAUCUAUAGACAUCCGACGCAUGGAGCUGGCUGAUUUGAACCGCCGCCUGCCAGCCGAAGCAGGACUCCCGCCCCCCAAGCCUGGCCCGCUGCGAACACGCGAGGCCCCCCCUCCGCCGCGUCCCUCCCCCCACACAAUCACCCUGCAGACCCCGGCCUUCAGGAAUCUAAGGCUUCCCAAGAGGUUGCGUGUGGUGUACUUCCUGGCCCGCACACGCCUGGCUCAGCGCAUCAUCAUGGUUGGCACGGUGAUCUGGAUCGGCAUCCUCGUCUACACCGACCCAGCUGGCAUACGCACCUACCUGGCUGCACAGGUGUCUGAUCAAAGCCCUCUGGGAGAUCCCGGAGGAGGCGGUCUGCCCCCUCACCUCGGGGUGGCCCCCGUCUUUCGUGGAGGCGAUCCUACCAGUACCCUCGGCAUCAACCCCGCACCAGCUCCAACUCCCAUACCUGACAACCAGUCACAGGGCCACCAUGGCUCCUCCAGGGUAGGGCCCCUCCCAGAGGCCCCGCCUCCCUCCGUGCCCCAGAUCACCUGGGGAGCGGAGGACGAGGAGGGCUGGAGGAGGCUCUCCUUCAGGCACUGGCCAUCGCUUUUCAGCUACUACAACAUCACUUUAGCUAAGAGGUACAUCAGCAUCCUGCCCGUCAUUCCUGUCACCGUUCACCUGAGCCCCCAAGAGGCCAUUGAGACGCGUCACCCUCAGGACACAAAACACCCCCCACCAUCUAUUCCCAAGGUUGCAGCAGAUAUACAGACGGACCUCACUCUCUACAAGGUGGCAGCUCUGGGCCUGGCGGCAGGCGUCUUGCUGGUUCUUCUUCUCUUCUGUCUCUACCGCGUUCUCUGCCCACGUAAUUACGGUCAGAACGGCGUCACUCAUGGGCGCAGGCGCCGAGGGGACCUGCCCUGCGACGACUACGGCUACUCGCCACCCGUCAGCGAGAUCUCACCACUGCUGCUGAGGGGCCACAGUAUGGACAUUGAGUGUUUAGCCAGUGACGGGAUGCUGCUGGCUAGCUGUUGCCUGGCAGGACAGAUUCGGGUCUGGGACGCCCAGACUGGUGACUGCUUGACCGUCAUCCCAAACCACAGGCUCAGACGGAGCAGCAGCAGUGGCUGCUGGGAGCAGCGGGAUGGCUGGGAAAGCGUGAGCGGAGCCGCCGAGACAGAGUGUUUAGGCUCUGAAGCUCACGGCUCCUCCAUCAGUGGUGACGGCCUAUCAGAGGGAGAGGGCUACCCGCUGAGACGCCGCACUGCUCCCAGCCGGCCGACUCUAUUCACCGACCAGCCUGAUCUCACCCCGCUCAUUGACACCAACUUCGCCGACCAGCCCCCCUCCCACCUCUGCACCCCGCCCAGGGAAGGCUUUGACUUUGGAGGUCUGGUCGAGCGUGCCUACAUGGAGCAUGAGCCCCCCUCGCCCUCCGCCUACCCCUCUCCUUCCUCAGCCUCCUCUUCGCCGCCGUCAGGAGCUCAGCUCCAGAGAAGACCCAGCUUAGGGGAUUCAUCUGCCUUCUUAACCCAAGAUAGAGCCUCCACAGCGGGGACGCAGGCGACGGCAGACUGGGAAAGCUCUGUCUGGGCCAUGGAGCUGAGAGGAAAUCUAAUAGCUGCUGGGAGGAGCAGCGGUAAACUGGAGUUGUGGGAUGCAGUGGAAGGGUCGUUGCGCUGCAUUAAUGAAGACGGAGUCUCUGGGAUCACAGCCCUAGCCUUCCUCAACAACAGAAUCGUAGCGGCUCGGCUGAACGGGUCUCUGGAUUUCUUCACUGUUGAGAUAAACAAACCUCUGGGUCUUCUGCAGUACAGAGGGGCCCCUGGGCGAGGCAGCAUGCCUCCCUCUCCCUGUUACAGCAGCGAGGAUGUGAUCAGCUGCCAGCUCACACGCUCAGUACAGUGCGCUCACCAGAAGCCGAUCACGGUGCUGCGAGCAGCCGCCGGGAGGGUCGUCGCCGGUAGCCAGGACCACACUGUCCGGGUUUAUCGUCUAGAGGACUCGUGUUGCCUCUUCACCCUGCAGGGUCACUCUGGAGGGAUCACAGCCAUCUACAUAGACCAGACGAUGGUUCUGGCGAGCGGUGGGCAGGAUGGCGCCAUCUGCCUGUGGGACGUCCUGACAGGGAGUCGUGUAAGUCAUGUUUACGGUCACCGUGGGGACGUCACCUCGCUGGUCUGCACCACCUCUUGUGUCAUUAGCUCGGGACUGGAUGACCUCAUCUGUAUUUGGGACCGCAGCACCGGGAUCAAACUCUACUCGAUACAGCAGGAGGUGGGCUGUGGGGCCAGUCUGGGAGUGAUCUCCGAGUCUCUCCUGGUGACGGGGGGCCAGGGCUGCGUCUCGUUUUGGGACCUGAACUUCGGUGACCUGCUGCAGACAGUCUACCUGGGCCAGAGCAGCGACGGACAGGGCGUCCGGCAGCUGCUGGUGCUCGACAACGCCGCCAUCAUCUGCGACUUCGGCAGCGAGCUCAGCCUGGUGUACGUGCCCUCUGUGCUCGAGAAACUAGACUGAGGAGAGACGGAUGGAGGGCAGUCGUCGAUGGUGGUGGGAACAAAAACAUGCACUCGGAACAUCAUUUCCACCUCCAUCACUUCCUCUGUUCGUUUGUUUUUUUGCUUUCUUUUUUUUGUUUCUGACACCCAAAGGAGAUCAUUAGACUGGUUUCCAUCUGCACACAAGGCUCUUUUUUUAUUUAGAUGUUUUAAGUACAAGCCUGGAUGUAAUGAUGAAAAAAAAAAGCUGAGGAGUGAUUGUGCAACCUGCUGCAUUUUAUCGGAGGAGAGUGACAGACCCUUGAUACCGAACUGUUGACAUUUACGAGGGUCAUGAGGUCCGUUUAAGAAAAGCUGGAUGUUUCUCUUUUAAAGAGGAUCCACCAGUCACCAGUCUGUGCUUCUUUUUUUUUUUUUAAAUGCGUGUUUGUUUUGUGGCUCUGCCCUCUAUGCUGCUUGUACGGGUGGGGCUUCACUGUGACCCCACCCACCCAGAGAGGAAGAUAAAACUGUCUCCUUAUAUUUUAAUAUUCCUGCUGCCUCUUUCGCUCAACAGCAAAGUGCAGUCACAGCAAGCUCUAUGGGUCUACGGCCUGUUGGGAUGAGCUGCACAGUUACGCGUACGUGCGUGCGUAUGUGUGUUGGAGACUGAAUGAAUGAAUCUAGGCCCUUUUUAUGGCAAAAAUCCUGCUGAGAACAAAAAUUGUUUGGUUAUGCGUGAAAUGUGCGUAUGUGAGAUUGUGUGUGUGUGUGAGGGAUAACUGAUGAUAAACCUCCAUAGGGGGCUGUUUUUUUUUUUUUUUUUUUUAUGUAUAAAUCUAUUAUUUAUUAGCGAUACAUUUUUUUUUUUUUUUUUAAAUAACAGUUUGUUUAUGAAUGGCUAAUCCCAGCUCUUUAACAUGAAUAUAACAAUGUGGAAAUAAUGACAUAAAUGUAAAUGGUGAUUGUUUUUUUGGCGGGGUUGGGGCUGUGGUUCUAAAACAAUUUGUGAUAUUGAACUGGAAACACUGAAGUGUUUGUUUUUAUGAAAUUUGGGGGCUGUAGUAGGAAAGGUUCCUCCUUUUAUCCCAGCCUCUGAUUCUGGGGUUACUGAUGUGUGCUACACCUUUAUCGGGCUACCUCCAUUUUCCAAACUGCUUGAAUUUUGGAUGAGAAUACUGACUUUGUUCGGCACAGGCCGUCAUUAGCUGACGUCAUGUUUACAUUGGCUGUUUUUAUAAAUUGUGCCCUUUUUAGAGAUUUUUUUUUUUUUUUUUUUUUAAUCACCGUUAACUGUAACUGAUUCAACUUUUCACUCCUGCAUUUUCGUUUUUUGGCCAAAACUCUUUUUAAAACAUGGCUUGUUUUAUGCCCCUAUAAGCUAAUAAUACAUAAUAUAUAAGCAGAGUCUCCAAUUAAAACAGUUUACAGCAUUGUGAUUCAUUUCUUUUCAGCCAUUAGAAAAUGUUUCCUUUUUUAGAUUUGUGCAGUAGCUCUGCACAUGCUCAGAAAGACAAAUAUCACUUUUGCUAAAUAAAGUCAUGGAUUUGAAUUUCGACAGGUGCUGGACCAAACAAGAAACAUCAAGGCAGAAAGAAAUAGAAUUUGCACACCGUUUCUGUGCUCCCACAAUCAUUUUUUAUUCUACUGUUACUGUGCAAAGUUUUGAUUAAUCAUACAUCUUAAUGAGGAAUAAAGCACUUAAUUUCACAUGAUAUGCGUAACUCCAAACGAUGCCAAUAAGCAGCAGGUCUUAUAGACAAUUUGCUACACCGCCAGGGCAACUAUGUACUCUAUUCCUAGUACUCAGCCACAGGUGACAACACUUGGAGGAUGAAGCAAUAUAUGUUGCUUAUUGUGAUUGCUUUGAGUUCUGUAUAUAUCUUUGUAUGCUUGUGGAAAUGCUUUGCGCCUGAUAAAGAUAUGUUUGAUUGAAAUGUUGCACAUGAGCAGAGCAGAUUCUAUUUAUGUAGCUAUGCUUCAAAACUCUGAUAUAAAGUAAAUUUGUUGGUUUAAAAUUCAGUGGGCAGAGCCAAAGAAUACACUGGUAUGGUACCGUUUAAAUCUAUAAUUCAGCAAGUGGUUUCCAUUCUGCAUAAAACAAGCAUCUGGAAAUGGUGGUUUUCAAUGUCAUCGUUUACUUAGGACUGCGUGUCACAGAAACCAGACUUGUGACCUGCUUGGCAUUGUAGCCUGUUAAUUUAUUAGCUUGUUUUCUGUUGUAAACGGUAGUCGAGAAAGCGUUAGAAACGGGAAAAUGUGUAGUUUUUAUUGUUGUUUUUUUACUCAUGUUUUCUAGCAAUGUGAAUUUGAUUUAAAGCAAAAGUUGGACUUUUUGGGAAAUCUGCUUAACGUUUUUCGCUUUCUGGCAGGGAGAUUUGAAUAAGAAGGUCGAUACUACUCCGUUUAAUGUUAAACUAGCGGUUAACUUAAAGCUAGCAUCCGUUUAGCUAACGUUAGCUAGGUUACACAGAAAGACUGGAAAUGGGGAAACAUCUAACGUUAGUCUGGCUCUCUCAGAUGCUAACCAAAUUUACCGACCAGCAACGUCAAAGCUCACCAGCUCACUAGCUAAUUAACACGAUGGUUAUCUUUUUUUUUUUUUUUAAUACCAAUUAAAUAAACAAGAUAUCACUUCUUUCCUUUGCUUUUUGACCAGUGAGCUGCUGUAACAAGUUAAUUUACACGGUGUGGGAUCAAUAAAGUUUCUUUAUAUAAUAUAACGUGUUAAUUAGUUAGCUAUCUUAAGAAGUGAUGGUGACUGAGCCAGGCUGGUUGUUCUCCCGUUUCCGCUCUUUGUGCUAAACUAACCUGCUGCUGGCUGUAACUUUGUCUUAUAUAAGAGUGGUAUCUCCUCAUCUAACAGUUCACCAGUCAGCUAAUUAAAAGCAUUUCCCAAAAUGUCUAGCUAGUCCUUUAAAGAGGGGUGGUGUGGCAAUUUCACUUGAAUUUUAGCUUCUUUUGAAUGUUUUUGGACUUGGCCUUGUAACAAUCCAUUUCCAACACUACUUUGUCAGUUAAUAUGAUUCUGCCCAAUUUAUUUGAGUAAGCCAUGCUCGUUACUGCUGCUUCAAACAUACCUUUUCAUCCUUUCAUGUUGCUUUCAUUCAUCCGGCUGUCAGUGUACCAUAUCAAAAGUCUGUGGAUGCAGCUGUCCUUUGAGUUGGUAAAGGAACGUGUCCUGUGGCUGCAUCCUCACAAUAACGGCAGAGCUCUGAAAUUAACGCUUUGUGGUCCACAUCUGAUCCUCCACCUGCUGCCUAAACAAGUAGAAAUCAGAUGCAUCAUUUCAUUUCUUACUGUUUAGACAGCUGUCAGGAAAAUCAGAGCUGUGGCAGGAAAAAAAAAAAAACAACUAAACUCUAGCAUUUAAGUCUCCUCCCUUUAUU